GUGAUAGCGGCGCAGGUGAGCACAGCUUCCGGGGUCGGGUGCUGGGAUCGCGACCGGCUCCUGCUUGUACUCGGUCGGGUGCGCGGGAGACUAUGGCGUCUUCGGUCCCGCCAGCCGCCGCACCAGCGGCAACAGCAGGCCCAGGCCCGGGUUUCGGCUUCGCCUCCAAAACCAAGAAGAAGCAUUUCGUGCAGCAGAAGGUGAAGGUGUUCCGGGCUGCCGACCCGCUGGUGGGCGUGUUCCUGUGGGGCGUAGCCCACUCGAUCAAUGAGCUCAGCCAGGUGCCUCCCCCAGUGAUGCUGCUGCCAGAUGACUUUAAAGCUAGUUCCAAGAUCAAGGUUAAUAAUCAUCUUUUCCACAGAGAAAAUCUGCCCAGUCAUUUCAAGUUCAAGGAGUAUUGUCCCCAAGUCUUCAGGAACCUUCGUGAUCGAUUUGGCAUUGAUGACCAGGAUUACUUGGUGUCCCUUACCCGAAGCCCCCCAAGUGAAAGUGAAGGGAGCGAUGGCCGUUUUCUUAUCUCCUAUGAUCGGACUCUAGUCAUCAAGGAAGUAUCCAGUGAAGACAUUGCUGACAUGCAUAGCAACCUUUCCAACUACCACCAGUACAUUGUAAAGUGCCAUGGCAACACACUGCUGCCUCAGUUCUUGGGGAUGUACCGAGUCAGCGUGGACAACGAAGACAGCUACAUGCUUGUGAUGCGCAAUAUGUUUAGCCACCGUCUUCCUGUGCACAGAAAGUAUGACCUCAAGGGUUCCCUAGUAUCCCGGGAAGCCAGCGAUAAGGAAAAGGUUAAGGAAUUGCCUACCCUUAAGGAUAUAGACUUCCUCAAUAAGAACCAGAAAGUGUAUAUUGGUGAGGAGGAGAAGAAAGUAUUUCUGGAGAAGCUAAAGAGAGAUGUGGAGUUUCUAGUGCAGCUGAAGAUCAUGGACUACAGCCUUCUGCUGGGCAUCCACGACAUCAUCCGGGGCUCUGAACCAGAGGAGGAAGGGUCCAUACGGGAAGAUGAGUCAGAGUGGGAUGGGGACUGUAACCUGACUGGACCUCCUGCUCUGGUGGGCUCCUAUGGUACUUCCCCUGAGGGUAUUGGAGGCUACAUUCAUUCCCAUCGGCCCUUGGGCCCUGGAGAGUUUGAGUCCUUCAUCGAUGUCUAUGCCAUCCGGAGUGCUGAGGGCGCCCCCCAGAAGGAGGUAUAUUUCAUGGGCCUCAUUGACAUCCUGACACAAUAUGAUGCCAAGAAAAAAGCAGCUCAUGCAGCCAAAACUGUCAAACAUGGGGCAGGGGCAGAGAUCUCUACUGUCCAUCCAGAGCAGUAUGCGAAGCGAUUCCUGGAUUUUAUUACCAACAUCUUUGCCUAAGAGCCUGCCUGACUCUGUGGUGAUUGCUGCUUUACUCAAAAGGUGGUGGGCUUCUGAGAGGCUUGGGGGAACUGUGGAUAUUCUGGCCACUACUUCUCUUCCUCCUUUGCUAAAUUCAGGCUGCAGGCUCCUUCCAUCUAUAUAACUCCAUUCCAGGUUCAUCCUGGCCCCCAGAAAUACAUUGUUCUUUCUCCCCUUUAUCCAUUUUUUCCCCUCUCUCCCUCCCCACAAAAAGCCCUCUUGCUUCAUUAGAGAGGUAUUGUUGACUUUCUCCCAAGUGCCUUGAGCUUUGUAAAAUAUCCUGUUGUUUCUAUAAAAUAGGAGGAGCUGGGGGCAGGGGGUUGUUUGCCAUCCUCAGGACCUGACUGGACAAAUGGACCUGGCUCAAGCAACUACCCUGGAUGCACUUUGCUUUUGGGAUGAACUAAGAGUGUCUGAAUGUUGCUGUUAACUUUAUAGAACUCACUGUGGCAUGCUUCCCUCCUGGUAGGCCCUGGGAUGGAGGACUUUCAGAAUCUACAGAUGUGAGUGCAGGCCUGCACACACAUGAUGGAAAAUGGCCAAUCUGACACAUGGAAGUAGGGUGGGGAGUAGUCAGGAGACUGGCACCUCACAGAGGCAGGACCUAAGAGGACUUUUGUGACUAUGCAGGGAAUUGGAGAGUCUCUGUCAAGGAUUGACUACUCUCCAGUUUCUUCUCCCCCUGUAUUUCCACCUCCAUCCAUCCGCACUUCUGUCACAGGAACCGGAGAUGUCCAGAAGUGUUCAGGUUUGGGUGAAGGUGUUUUGACUACUGCUGUGCUAUCCCAGUACAUGGCCUUUCCUAGGGCUGGAACCCUACAGAGGGUAUGUGGCCAAUUCUGAAGGCUGGGAUAAUGGGAUGUAAUGUAAGGUUUAUUCCCAUGUUAAGUUUCUUUUCUUCCUGCCUAGCUAUCCCCAAUGUUUAUUUCCAGUACAAAGGAAUAUCUCUACCUGGGUCAAUUCUGGUCAUUUCAAGAGGAUGGAGGUCUCAAGUGUGGGGACCUCCCCCUCUCUCUAGAUGUGUGCACCUAGCAUACUUCCUUCCCCUGCCCUUUCACAAACAAUUUUUCCAGUUGGCUUUAUUAUUCUGUUCUCUUCUAUUCUGUCUUAUACUGCUACUGUGUCUCCCAGGGGACAGAUGGCCUUCUUUGUCAUCUUCACUCUCCACCCCCAGAGAAGAGUCAGAGCCAUAACUCAAGUCACCCAGCCCCCUCCAAAGAUAGCUGAGUUUGACACAUGAUAUUUUCAGAAUGUAGAGGACCCUGAUGAGAAGAGAUGGAUUUUUCUCCCCUUCCCCCCAAUGCCUUUGGGACCAAGGCACCCAUUUGACUUGCUAUGCUCUAUUCUCCUUGUAAAGCUAGGUACCAGCAGCUGGUCUGUGGGGAUGCAAAGCUGCUUUUCUCAGCAUCUGGCUGGGAUGAUCAAUCUCACAAGAAGUCAUGAGGUCAUAUGUGAGAAGCUCUCUCUUUGCUUUCAUCUUUUUUCCAAAGAAGGUAGCAGGAGGAGUCGUCCCCAGUUAGGGAUUGGAUCCCCUAUAAUAUCUUCUUUUCAGGGGCCUGCUGGGUCUUUUUCAUUCUUACCAUCUACUUUUCCCCUGUUGAAUGCAAUAAAACUCCAUGACACCAGCAGCUGUUGCUCUUUAGAACUGGAUUUUGGGGUGGGGGGUGGCGGUAGAGUGCUUGCCUAGCAUGUUCAAGGUUCAGCUCAGUGGUAGGGUGCUUGCCUAGCAUGUGGGAGGCCCUGGGUUCAAUUCCCAGCACUUCAAGGAAAACAAAACAAAACUGGUUUUUCUGACCAUGAGACUGAUGUAUCAUGGGCAUUAUGGUCUUCCUUUGUUGCUUCUGUUUUUUGUCUUUUUUGUUUUAAUUAAUAAAAUAAAAUCCUGUGUAUUUACUUCCAUUACUAUCACAACACAGAAAAUAAAUUAUUCAAUCCAGA